GGAAUGCGGCCGCACUCUGCACUGCUGCACUGCCUCUUGCAAGACCACCAGCACCACCACAUCGGCUCCUCACCCUGAAACCCUCUCAACUGGGGGGGCGGGGGGCAACUUUUUUUUAACACUCCUCCAUUCCAGGAUUAUUUUACAGAAAAUAAUACCCCUCCUCCGCAACACUCCCCUUUCCCCAAGAUGCCGCGAUCUUUCCUAGUUAAGAAACAUUUUAGCACCAACAAAAAACCAAAUUACGGCGAACUGGACACGCAAACAGUCAUCAUUUCUCCGUUCCUGUAUGAGAGUUACCCAAUGCCAGUCAUUCCUCAGCCGGAGAUCCUCAGCUCUGGGGCUUACAAUCCUGUCAGUGUGUGGAGUAGCGUCUGCUCCGGGCUCAUCCCCUCUCCUGUCCCCAGUGACCCUGCACCUGCCUCGGAAUACUCAUCCGCUCACUCCUCGCCCCUCAGUAACGGGAGCCUGUGCCCAGCGGGACGCCUCAGCCCUCAACAGUCUAAUUCUGAUCGGCUCCACAGGGAUCCCAAUGGUUCGGAGAGCUCCAUCAGCGACGAGGAGGAGAGAAUUCAUCCCAAAGUGUCGGAUGAGCACGGCGUGGACGCCGAGAAGUUUCAGUGCAACUUGUGCAGCAAGGCUUAUUCAACUUUCUCAGGACUGGCCAAACAUAAACAGCUACACUGCGACGCUCAGACUCGCAAAUCCUUCAGCUGUAAGUACUGUGAGAAGGAAUAUGUCAGCUUGGGAGCAUUAAAGAUGCACAUCCGGACCCACACACUGCCCUGUGUGUGUAAAAUCUGUGGCAAGGCGUUCUCCAGACCGUGGCUACUGCAAGGGCAUAUCAGAACACACACGGGUGAGAAGCCAUUCUCUUGUCCUCACUGCAGCAGAGCAUUUGCUGAUCGAUCUAACCUGAGAGCUCAUCUACAAACUCAUUCGGAUGUGAAAAAAUAUCAGUGCAAAAACUGUGCCAAAACUUUCUCCAGAAUGUCUCUUCUCCACAAACAUGAAGAAUCAGGAUGCUGUGUAGCACACUGAGGAACAUGAAUUAUAAUAAGGACAUGAAUUACAAUAAGGACUAAUGAUAAUUCUGUUUUCACAUUCACUAUCCAAGCAUCCAACUGCUCUGUUCCAUCAAGAUUUUAUUAUUUUGAAAUUGUUGAAGCAACUUUUAUAAUUUACAAUUUGGUAAAAGUUUUGAAAAACAGAGGCUAUGAUUAAGAAUGUUCAAACUAUGUACAGCAUUAUGAAAUGCAAUAUUAUUUGGGAUACUCUGUAAUAUCCAUUAUGUGCCUUCUGUCAAUGUGGCUGCACAUCACGUUUUUAUGAUGUAAAUGCUCUAUUUUUGUAUUUGGAUGUAUUCAGUAUGAAAAUGAACUAAAUGCAGUAGUGCACCAAGACACUUAAAUGUGUGCAAGUUAAAAGCAACCUGCACUUUGAUAUGUUUAGCUAUGUAUUUUCCAUUCACUUUUUUUUUAAAAAAUGAACAUGUUUUUGACGUUUUAUAAUAAACCUUUUAAAACAUG